AUGGCAGACAAAUCAGCGUUCGUCCCGGUCGAUGCGAUCGGCAAUCACAAGAACACCGACCUCGACGUCGACAUUGACGACGAGCUCUUCGGAAAGAAGGUACCGUCCUUCAGCUAUUCUCGAACUUUUUCGCUCUUUUCAGCCUCCGAAGGCGACGAGCAGCAAGACGAACCAGGCGCCGCCGCCGGCCCCCGCUCCGGUCGCCGUCAAACCGACGUCUCCGGCUCCGAAGCCCGCCGCGCCUGCUCCGGCCGCCGGAAAGUACCAGUACAAGAAGGCGACGAACUAUCAGAAGUCGUACGCCAAGUAG